AUGAAUCCGCCCCCCUGGCGACGAAAUGGAAGUCUAAAAGAGAUUUUAGACAACGAAGAUCAUUUUAUGGAUUUAAAAGAGAGUUUGAAUUAUCUUCUGCAAAGUGAAUUAACGCCUAAAGGUGGCAGGCGUAACUUUACAUUCGUAGCGGAAUUCUCUUUGGACGAGAAUGAACUAAAGAAAGAAAAGGAGGGCAACACUCCUUGCGUAUCAGUAAUGGACGAAAAGAUAUCAAAAGAUCGGACUAAGAGGAAUCUACCUGAAGGAACUCGAAAGAGAUGGACAAAGGCCGCUGUGUGGGUGACAGUGAUUUGCAUUUUGCUUUCUUUUAGCUUCGCAAUCGCUUCCUUCGUGUCUUCUGGAGAGUACGACAGCUCUUCAGCUCUUGCAUUGGCCUUCGAUGCUGCAAACGCUCUUUUGUGUUCUCUUGUUUUACUCUGGAGACUUCACGGCACCGAAAAUGGCAGUUUGGGACAGAUGAGAGAAAGAAUAACCUGUUUAACCUUUGCCGCGUCGUUUAUAUUGUGCGGAAUGUUGACAACUGGUUUGUCGCUUAAAAGAAUUAUCGCAAGGCUCCAUCCAAAAAAAUCCUUUUGCCUAGCCGCCAUUUUGUCAACUGGUUGUACGCUGUAUUUCUUGCUGUCAGCACUGCAGUUUUGGAUAGCUAAAAAACUGCGCAGUUCAGCAAUGCUGGGGAGUUCAAUUGACUCAGGAUUGUCUGCUGCUCUCAUGUUUGGACUCCUUAUCAGUGACUGUACAUACGUUUUUGCCCAUACGGACCUCUGGUAUCUGGAUCAUUCUAUGGCGAUUAUAAUGUCACUGGUAUCUGUGUUAGCUGGAAUACAGAUUCUUGUAGAGGUUUUAGUUUAUAAAGCUCUUCCUUUAGAUGUGUUUAGCAAACGGUAA